UUCCCCCACCCCCCUCUUCCUAGAACAAUCAUGUUUGAGAUUAAGAAGAUCUGCUGCAUCGGUGCUGGCUACGUCGGCGGGCCAACCUGCAGCGUUAUUGCACAGAUGUGUCCUAAAAUCCAAGUCACUGUUGUAGAUGUCAACGAGGCUAGAAUCAAUGCCUGGAAUUCAGACACGCUCCCCAUCUACGAGCCAGGGUUAAAAGAAGUGGUGGAGUCCUGUCGAGGAAGAAAUCUCUUCUUUUCCACCAGUAUUGAUGAUGCCAUCAGAGAGGCUGAUCUUGUAUUUAUUUCUGUUAACACUCCCACCAAGACUUACGGGAUGGGAAAAGGGCGAGCAGCUGAUCUGAAAUACAUUGAAGCCUGUGCUAGGCGGAUUGUACAAAACUCAAAUGGCUAUAAAAUUGUCACUGAGAAAAGCACAGUUCCAGUACGUGCUGCAGAGAGCAUUCGUCGAAUAUUUGAUGCUAAUACUAAGCCUAACUUGGAUUUGCAGGUGCUGUCUAACCCAGAGUUUCUUGCAGAAGGAACAGCAAUCAAGGACUUGAAAAAUCCAGAUAGGGUGCUCAUUGGUGGUGAUGAUUCUCCAGAAGGACAGAAAGCUGUCCGUGCUCUUUGUGCUGUUUAUGAGCACUGGGUGCCUAAAGAAAAAAUCCUCACAACCAAUACCUGGUCCUCAGAACUCUCUAAACUGGCAGCUAAUGCUUUCCUUGCCCAAAGAAUCAGCAGCAUUAACUCAAUCAGUGCUCUGUGCGAAGCUACAGGAGCAGAUGUUGAAGAAGUAGCAAGAGCUAUUGGAACAGACCAAAGAAUUGGAAAUAAGUUUCUGAAAGCCAGUGUUGGAUUUGGAGGCAGCUGUUUUCAGAAAGAUGUCUUGAAUUUAGUGUACCUUUGCGAGGCACUGAAUUUACCUGAAGUAGCUCGCUACUGGCAACAGGUGAUAGACAUGAAUGAUUAUCAGAGGCGGAGAUUUGCUUCCCGUAUUAUUGACAGCUUGUUCAAUACUGUCACCGAUAAGAAGAUUGCUAUCUUAGGAUUUGCAUUCAAAAAAGAUACUGGGGACACAAGAGAGUCAUCUAGCAUCUACAUUAGCAAGUAUUUAAUGGAUGAAGGAGCAAAGCUCCAUAUCUAUGACCCUAAAGUACCAAAGGAACAAAUCAUCUUGGAUCUCUCACAUCCAGGUGUCUCAGAAGACAACCAAGUGUCUCGGUUGGUCACCAUAAGUCAAGAUCCAUAUGAAGCCUGUGAUGGAGCUCAUGCCCUUGUAAUUUGCACUGAAUGGGACAUGUUUAAGGAGUUGGAUUAUGAGCGUAUUCACAAGAAGAUGCUGAAGCCUGCAUUUAUAUUUGAUGGUAGGAGAGUUCUUGACGAUCUUCAUAACGAGCUACAAGUCAUUGGCUUUCAGAUUGAAACAAUUGGGAAGAAGGUGUCAGCCAAAAGAAUCCCUUUUGCUUCUUCUUGUGAAAUUCCGAAGUUCAGCCUGCAGGACCCACCUGUCAAAAAGCCCAGAGUAUAAUGUUUAAUAGGUACCGAAGGAAUUCUGUCACCUUCUUAGUGAUAAUAACUGUAACCCUAUGUUUUUGUUUUUGUUUUUUUUUAAGGAAGGAUAUUUUUCAUAAACUACAAACCGAUUUUACACUAGAAAACAGUACCUGAUACACGUGAACUCAGCGUAUUUUUCAAAUCUCUAUUUUUCUAGCAAUUUUGGUUACUGAGGAUGGUACAAACCUGUUUUUAAUAAUGAAUCAAUCUUUAAGAGGAAAAGUUACGCUCAAGCUACAAACUUCUGCUUCCAGAAGUGUUCCUACACUGCACUUUAAGUGUAAAUGCUCAAGCGAUAUGAGCACAAAAGAAAUGGAACAUCUAUUUUACUUUAGUCCAGUUAUAGACAGUGAUCAGGAACUCAGUUGGUCUCACUUUUUUAUAUUGUCAUUUGGGGUAAUUCUUUCCCCUUACAUGCCUGUUUUAACUGGUAGUGGAGUCAAAAGAUGAGUUCUAUGUGAAUUUUGGUAGUUCUGGGUUGAGACCUAAAACAGAGCUGACUGCAACUAUACUGCCCUGAUCCUGACUGGGAUCAGCGAGCGUUGAUGCAGUCUGAACUGCAUCUGUUGGGUGCCAGGUGGCUUCUGCAGAUGUCUGUCACAUACUUGUUGGCAGUGGAGUAGUAGCUAUAAACCAAUCCACUGGCUAAUCUUGUUCCUGAUUAUUGGUUCUUGCCUACAUUCCAUGUGCAGCACAUAAAUUACUGAUUUGAUCAGAUUCUUGGGGCAUGAUUUUCAUAAAUUAUCACAAUACAACUUUCCUUCAGCAGAAGAGCAUUCUGCCUGCUGCUUGUUCAAACACAGAAUUUGAGCAGACAUACCUUAAUUCAGUGUCAGUCCAAGUAGAAAGCAAAUGUUAGCUUCAAAGCUAAUGCUUUUUCUACUGUCCUUUCUGCUUAUAUCUUAUGAAUAAAAGCAGUAUCUUAAUGAAUCUGCAAGAAUUAUUCUCUGCUGUUCAGAAAAUUUUAAAAAGAAAAAAAUUCAGCCCCGUACAUAGUCAGCUUGCUACCUCAUUUCAUUAGCAGGAAUUAAUAGUUCCUCUAUUAUCAUGAUACUUUUGCCUUUAUUAUUACUUUCUUUCUACUUGUUUUUAUUAUUUUAAAUUGGCCAGUGCUAUUAAAGUCCUUGAUUAUAGACUCUGUGUUUGGCUUGUUGCAUGGGGUUGUGAAAUGGAGAAAGUGUUAGAAAGGGAAGAUGAUCACAGAGGAUUUGAACUAGAAGGCAUGGAAGUCUUAGUUCAAUAAUAGAAUCUUGUAAGCAAUCACAGACUACUUUCUGAAUGUGUACAACAGCUGUGCCUUCAAGUAUGCUAUGUCAGUGGUUGUACUGAGAGCACAAGAUCAAUGUCUUGGUAAUAAGGACUGUUACUGUCACUACUUACUAUGGAAAUGCAGGUACCAUGUAAGGUUGAGGAUGGAUCUUUGAAGAUUUGAGGGACGUGUAACAAUUUGCAGAGGCAAUACAAGGUAGUGUUAAUUGUUUGGCUGUACUAAGUGUACUUUGGAGCUGAAUGCUUUCAGAUGAUGCACCUCAAUGGCUUCUACAUCACUCUGGGCAAGCAUGCCUGAAGUUGUUUUGUUUUUUUUGCUGUGUCACACACGGGAUUCUUAUGUGAGGAACAUAUUGGAAGCUUAUCAAAAUGAAUGGGAAUUAUAGAGCCUUAAACUUACCUUCCAUAGUGGUGUCUCCUCUUCCCAAGUCAUUAUUGCUGCUUUCAUACAACACCUAGAGCAAAGACUGCCCUCUGAUACAGGUGUGGCAAAUGUGAGUACUCAAACUCCAGAAUGCUGGAUCAUCUGGUGUAUACAGGCAGACAUCUUUCUGCACUACCCCAGCAGAACCAGAGAGAGCAAGCUGGUAACGUCUCCUUUGGGAUUGAGAGGGUGCUAACGAGUAGUACUCUUGCCCUGAACUAUAAUUAGGGUAGAACUGUUUCAGGGCUCAUCUUGCAUACAUGCAGAAGAACCUCACCACAGGCCAAAAUCACCGCUCAUCUUCUUCAGAGUACAGUUGCCAGGGAAAUAGUGCUGGAGAUGACUUGUAUUCCUGUUUCUUGAAGGCUUGUGCUCACGAAAAAAGCAUGAAAGAGAUGGGGUUUAGUGCUAUUGGGUUUGUGUCUAUGGGAUCUUACAGAAUGUAAUUCUUGAUGAGAAUUGUGUAAUAUGAAUAACGGAUUCCUGUGCUCUAAUUUUUUUAAUGUUUCUUAAUAAAAUGCAAUCCCACUGUAACACCA